GUGCAGUGUGAAGUUUACGUUCCCUUCCGGAGCUUAUGUUUUCUUCGUCGGCCUCGGCUUUGUUGGUGGGUUUGUGUGAAUAUAUCGCCACCUGUCGGCUCGGAGUAAAGCGCCGACGCGCUGAUGUAUAAACCGUAAUCCAGGAGUCUAAAAGAAACUCUUGCAUGAUGCCGAAUUUGGCAAAAGAUCUCAUUAUGUAGGUUCGCUUUUAAGUCCAGUUAUACCGUGCUGCUUUUUUGUUGUUGUUUGUUUUGUUGUUGUUGUUUUUCGACCUAACCAACAGAUGGCGCUAAUGAUGGAGCCAAAGACUUCUUUGGCGCCGUAUUCGUCAAGUUCUAGCUGUAGCUCUAUGUAGUCUUUCGGUUGACUGACUGGAGAGAAGGAUGAGCAGUGCUCAGUGUACUGAUGAAGUCUGCACACAGGGUUCUUGCACAGAACCUGCCUUCCAAGAUCUGCUGGAGCACCUCAGACACUUCCAUGAUACUACAGUCCAAGGACUGCAGUUAAAGGUGAAUAAACUGAAGAAGGAGCGAUGCUUUGAUGCGCAAAGACUGGAGGAGUUUUAUAACAAGAAUCAGCAUUUACGUGAGCAACAGAGAACACUGCAGGAAUCCAUCAAAGUCCUGAAGGAAAGAUUACAAUCUGGACCUUGUGAUCGCUGCAGAGAAACAGAAAAACAAAUGAAAAAAACACAAGCCGCGUUUGAAAAUCUCCCGCUCCUCAAUGAACUCCAGUCGGAGAGAAAUAUGCUUAGAGAAGAGAACAGGAAGCUCAGUCUUCAGCUAGAGCAAUUACGUGGACAAAUUUUGCAGCAGGCCUCGUUCACCGAGCCAGAGGAAGGCAUGAUCCCAGACUCGCCAAAGCAGCCAAUGUCCUUUCCCGUAGUCAACAAGAUGAAGCGCAAGAAAGAUCAGAGCCACAUUCGCUAUGCCGAAAAAUUGCAGUCCCAGCCACUACCUGCUCCCCGGAAAAGAGAGCUGGCUACAUCUUUAGGCUGCCAUGCUAUCGAUGUGCUUGUUCCAGAGACAUGUAAUAUGGAUGUAACAUGCAUUGAAAAGUGCAAUACCAAGAUUCAUGGCAGAACUGUGGUUGCAGAAACUUGCCAUAUAGACCUAAAUUCUGAGCAGAUGCGUGAGAGUGAUGUAAACUUUCUCAGUCAACCUAAGCACAAGGUGAAGAAUUUCACUAGUUGUCCGGGGGCCAAAGAGCAGACUAUGGAGAAGAAACAUGACGGGCCAGAGUCUUCACAAAAACUGUCUGGCAAACACAUUGAGCAGGAAGCGUGCAAAAGGAGAAGCUGCGAGACGGAACAGGCCACGCCUGAUGCUUCAUGUACGAGUCCAUGUACUCCAUGCAAGAGUCCUUUGCCGAGCCAGAAAUGUAGUCCAAAUGAUGAGAGCUGGAGCAUGGACCCAGGAGCUGCUCUGUCCCAAUAUGACACAAGUAUCCUUCCUCAUCCAGAGCCCAAAAUACAGGCAGAGACUGUAGACCUGGACUGCACAUAUGUGAGUCAUAGUUUGCUCGUAGCUCACCAAAAGAGGACUGAAUUGAAACGGACAAGCAGCAUCACAGGAAUAGGGCAGAAGGCUAAUGACAGCUUAGCAAAUAUCUUUGACACCACCGGGCAUGAAGAUUAUGAGUCCUGCCCUCCGGAUGAGAUGAGUGCCAUGGAGAAUGAGUAUGUUCUUGAGAAUGAGAAUGAGGAAGAGGAGGAAUGUGAAAAACAGGAGGACGGCACGAAACAAGAUGAACAUUUGGAGGAAGCGGAGGUUAUGGAUGAAGAAGAAAACCCCAUUGGCGGUUCCUCUGAGAGUGCUAAGGACGAGUCCAUUGCUCGUGUGGUAGUUGUACGCAAGAAAGCUGAACGAAGAAAACUUCACGGCCACACAUGCAAAGAAUGCGAGCUUUAUUAUGCAGACCUCCCCGAGGAAGAGAGACGGAAGAAACUGUCGUCCUGCUCGCGGCACCGUUUUCGUUACAUUCCGCCUUCGACCCCAGAGAACUUCUGGGACGUGGGCUUCCCUUCUACACAGACUUGCAUAGAGAGAGGAUACAUCAAAGAGGACAACCAGGCAGAUCCACGUUUGAGGAGGAAGAAACCUUACCUUGCUACAUUCUCACCAAAAGCUAAAGCACUGCAGUGACACUCCACAGGUAGGCCUAAUGCUACAAAAAGAACAUUGUACCUAUGGUCAAGCGUGGUGGAGGAAGUGUGAUGGUGUGGGGAUGCUUUGCUGCUUCAGGGCCCGGGCAACUUGCAAUAAUUGAGGGAAACAUGAAUUCUGUUCUGUACCAGAAAAUCCUAACGGAGAAUGUACGGGCUUCAGUCCAUAAGUUGAAACUCAAGCGCAGCUGGAUUAUGCAGCAAGACAGUGAUCCGAAGCAUGAGAGUAAGUCCUAGUCCUAGAAGUAAGUGAAAGACUGAUCUCUGAUUAUCAGAAGAGUUCGGUUGCAGUUAUUGCUGGUAAAGGCGACACAACCAGAUUUUAUGUUUAAGGGGGUGAUUAGUUUUUGACAUUGUUGAUAGUGUUGGAUGACUUUUUUUGCUUCAAUAAAAUAAAUAAAUAAAAACUGUAUUGUG